GUAGAAAUCACAACGCCGACUGCCAACUGCCAACUUCCAACGUCACUACACACUAGCUAGCUCGGUCAGCUCGGUUGGCAAUGGCGAUGGUGGAGGUGCUGUCGUCGGAGCUGGUCGUCCCGGCCGAGCCGACGCCGGGGGGCAGCAUCUGGCUGUCCAACCUCGACCUCGCCGGGAGGAGAGGCUACACCCCCACGGUCUACUUCUUCCGCCCCAACGGCGACCCGGGCUUCUUCGCCGCCGACGCCAUGAGGGAUAGCCUCGCCAGGGCGCUGGUCGCCUUCUACCCGCUCGCCGGCCGCCUGGGCCUUGACGGCACCGGCCGCGUCCAGGUGGACUGCACCGGCGAGGGCGUGGUCUUCGUCACGGCCCGCUCCGAGCACUACGCGCUCGAGGAGCUGAUGAACGACUUCGUGCCGUGCGACGAGAUGAGGGACCUGCUCGUGCCGCCCACGCCGGCGCCGAACCCGCCCUGCGCCCUGCUGUUCGUGCAGAUCACACGCCUCCGGUGCGGCGGCCUGGUGCUCGGCCAGGCGAUGCACCACUCGAUCGUCGACGCGCGCGGCGCAGCCCACUUCUUCGAGACGUGGGCGAGCAUCUCCCGCGGCGGAGGCGCGCCCACCGUGCCGCCGUGCUUCGACCACACGCUGCUCGCCGCGCGCCCGCCGCAGUCGCGCGCGGUGCUGUACGACCACCCGGAGUACAAACCGGAGCCGGAGCCGGUGGACCCCGUGUCGGCCUCCACGUACGCGAGCGCCAUCGUCACGAUGAGCAAGGGCCAGGUGGGCGCGCUCAAGGCGCGGUGCCUCGGCGCGUCCACGUUCCGCGCCGUGGUGGCCCUUGUGUGGCAGUGCGUGUGCCGCGCCCGCGCGCUCCCGCCGUCGGCCGAGACGCGGCUCUACUCCAUGGUCGACAUGCGCGCGCGCCUGGACCCGCAGCUCCCGGCGGGGUACUUCGGCAACGCCGUGAUCCGCACGUCCGUGUCGGCCACUGUGGAGGAGGUGGUGUCCAGCCCGCUGGUCCACGCCGCGAGGCUGGCGCGCGCGGCGACGAGCCAGGGCGGCGACCACGCGAGGUCGCUGGUGGACUACCUGGAAGGGGUGGACACGAUGAACCUGCCACGCAGCGGCAUCUCGCGCGCGCACCUGCGCGCCAUCAGCUGGAUGGGCAUGUCGCUCUCUGACGCCGACUUCGGGUGGGGCGCGCCGGCGUUCAUGGGGCCGGCGCUCAUGUACUACAGCGGCUUCGUGUACGUGAUGAACGCGCCCGGCAAGGACGGCGCGCUCGCGCUGGUGCUGUCGCUGGAGCCCGAGAGCAUGCCGGCGUUCAGGAAGGCGUUCGCCGACGAGCUGGCUCGCCUCGAGCUGUAGCAUACGCAUGCCGUAAAUUAAGGACGUAUUCCUACACACACUGCUGCCAUGCAUGCGUAUACUCUGCAUGCAUGUACGUUUGCGUCAUGAUUAAUUUGCUCUUCGUUAAUUACUACUACGUACAUGUGUAUGUGAAUAUGAACGUGUCGAGCGCUGGUCGGUAAGUAGCCAUGCAUAGUUGUAUGCUGCUAUCUUACAAGCUAGUACAUGUAAUAAGACUCGAAAAAUAUUGGACUUGGGCAUGUGUAAUCUC